AUUUAUCCGCUGUGCCUUGACUAUGUCGCAUUUUUAUUGGAACAAUGCAUUUUAUAUUCAUUUUCGUGAUUUCAGUAUUUUCAAUCAAUUUAAUCCGAUUAUCUCGGAUAAUGUCGGAUUUCUUCAAUUUUUAUUCGCUAAUUUAUUUUCAGUGCAUUUUGUUCCAUGCGUUACACGCGUUACACACGCACACACAUAAUCGUCAAACAAAUACUUAUAAAUCAAACGUCAAAACAAAUUCACUCUGUUUACGUUUACUCUGCGCGCACCAAAUUCUCGUCCAAAAUCUCGCAAUUAUUUCUGUUGUUUGGUGCUAAAAGUGGCGAAAAUAUGGACUAUUUUUGGAAGGAAUUAAGCAAAGUGGUCGAUUCCAGUAAGUAUCAAGGUGAUACUGGAGCAGCUGCGAUAUAUCCAUGGUGGCCUUGCCUACUUAAAUGAUGACGUUAUAAACGCGAUGGAGGAGGAAGUCAAACACCUUCCAGAAACAACCGGGAAAUCAGAUCGUGAAUGGCAGAAGAUGAUUGGCUUCAACGGGCCUUUGAAAAACUUCCGCUUCGUGUUGGGAGAGCGGAGCUUAUUGAAGGUGAUAUCCAAUAUAGUUGAGAAGCAAGGCAUUUCCAAAUUCACGAAGAAACUAAUCAAACAAGACUCCCUUGGAAAAUCUGAAUCGGCCCCCGAAACACAGACUGAGCUGUCGGUGAGGCAGAAAGUCAUCGAAUUUUACACAAAGAAAUGCAGCAGUGGAAGCAACACCGAAACAUACUUUUUCGAUCAAAUAGCAUCCAUGAAGGUCGACAUAUCAUGUGAUGAAGCUGGCACGAGGGCGGUCCUAAAGUGUCCUUUCUGCGAAACAAUUGUGACGAUUCGCAUGGAAAAAUCUGGCAGCUGGAAAAUAUCUAACUUUUCUUCACAUGUUCGAGUUAAGCAUGCCGAAUACGAUAUUCCCGGUGAUAUUAUCUCACAGCAGCCCAAGAAGCGUCCAUGUGACAAUCAUCUGGAAACCACUCCGGAAGAUACUCCAUGGACGGCAAUGGAAACACAUGAAGCUUAUGAAACCGAAUACCUGGAAAUUAGUCAGCAAUCAUGUUCUCAAACCUCGACGGUCGCUGCAGUACUGACAAACGAGAACGAUCGGGAAGUGAGGCGUACUUGUGAGGAUGGACCUCCGACCUACGUAUUACAGCAUCUAGUUGUAAAGCGGAUGAAGUAUGAGGGCAGCGAUCCACUUGCCGAUGAUGAAGGCAAUCAGUGUAGCUCUAACGGCAGUGAUAAUCCAUCAAACUGAGUGGGCGCUGCAAUAAGGCCGAUUGCAGUGUCCGACGUGAAACGGCCGGCACCUCUCGAGUGUUGCAGGAGAAGUAUGAGCUUAACUCUACCAUCAACAGCCAAGCAACCAGAAGCAGGCGGUACACCGAAAAGGAAAAAGAUUUCUUCACGUUUAAAUAUGUACAGGGCGGAAAGGCAGCAUAUGAGUUUGACCACGAGAACUCUUUUUCGCCAUCUAUCAGGACAUGCCAACGGCAUUUGAAUCGCUUAAAUCGAGGAAUUGAACCGGAUUGUCUGAGACUACAAGAUUUUUUGAAAUUCCUGGAGACAAACAAUUUACCAAAGGUGUUUGUAUUAAGCGAGGAUGCAACUCGAAUAACCGGAGGCAUUGGCUACGAUACGCGGAGAGAUCAAGUGUAUGGUUUAGUAUCACCGAUCGGCCCAGAUGGCAUGCCAAUGAAGUCUUUUUUUCCGGCCUCGUCACCAAUGAAGGUUAUAGAAUACAUACAAAAGUAUCCCAUCGGACGGAAUCUCUACGUCACUAUGGCCCAACCCUUAAAACAUGGCGCAGCGUCCUUUUGUAUUAUGUUUUCCUGCAGCGACAAUAAGUUCCUAUCUGACGAUGUGCUUCGACGAUGGAGUCAUACAGAGCAACAGUGCUCAAAUGCUGGCCUGAAUCUAAUUUGCCGAGCUUCGGAUGGGGAUCCAAGGUUGAUUUCCGCUAUGCUGAGAAAGAUGUCGCUUCCUUGUGGUGAUCAAAACCCAUUCGGACCGUGGUAUGUGGCAAAAUUUUCCGUGGAAAACAUUUGCAUCCAGGACCCGAUACAUUUGAUUAACAAAAUGAGAACAAGGCUAAUGAAGACAGGCAAACGUUUGAUAUUAGGUAAAGCAAUAACUCCAGUAUUGAUAACAUCGCACUAACAAUUUGUAUUUACAACAGGCAAAUCUACUAUAUCUGGCGUUCAUCUACACGAGCUACUUACUCUGUCCAGAGAUCAGCACGGACUGUUUCCGUCCGAUCUGAGUGCUACAGAUAAAAUGAAGUUUAAGCCUGUCGAAAAGAUGAUGCAGCCGAGAGUAGCCAAUGCUCUACGACAACAUGUUCCUGACGCUGAAGGGACGGCCAUAUACUUAGAACUGAUGAACAAAAUAAAAGAAUCAUUCAUGGAGUCGACCGCUACUCCCGAGGAAAGGUUGUUCAAUGUUUGGUAAGUGUAUAUUGAACUUAUUUCACUUUUCGACACGGCGAUCACCUAUUUGACAAGCUAAAUAUCGGUAUUUUCAUGGCAGCACAUGCUCAAAUUCUGUUUGAAUUUUCUUUAUUCAGUCCAUCCUAUUGUGGCCAUUCAGGAUUUGUUCUGACCCUCAGGCUCGAAAUGAUGCAAUGGCUCCACGAAGCCGACAACCCCGUCCUGGCUCUCUGCUGAACAUGAUUUUAGCUUGUUGUUCCUCGUUCCUCCGGCAU